CAGUCAGAUGAUCGGGUGGAAGUACAAUACACUUUACAAGAGGAAGACGAAUUCAUCUCGCCCAACCUGAACAUAUUCGUGGCCUGUUUCACGACCUGUUGGGCUCGUCUUAAACUCUAUGACGCUCUCAACAUCUUACAAGAGCGAGUACUGUACAAAGACACGGACUCAGUUGUGUUCCUUUCUGCCCAGGGAAUGCCCAAGCCACCACUGGGAGAUUAUCUGGGGGACUUUAAGGACGAAUUGCCCCCAGACGAUUAUAUAGUGGAAUUUGCCUCCGGAGGUCCAAAAAACUAUGGAUACAAGACCCAUAAAGGUAAAGAGGACUGUCAAGUUCGAGGCAUCACACUCAAUAGUCUGGGGAAGAGAUAUGUCAAUUUUGAAAUCCUCAAAAAUGACGUGCUAGAAGACUUGACUUCGCCACUGGAGUCUGGCAAGCGUGCGUCACUGCCGUGCCCAUACCAUAGAAAAUCGUGA